AUGUAAAUCAUAGAUCAAAAAGAUAUAUAGGACAACGUGGAGAAAUACAACUUGGACUUUGAGCAUGAUUAAAGUGAAGUAUUUCCUUUUACAAAUCAUUAAAUGAAUAUCCUAUCUAGAAAUGCUGUAGAUAAAUUAUAAGUCAACAUUUAAAGUUCCAUAACUAAGUUAAAUCAAUUACUGAUGAAAGCUUAAGAUAUAACCUUAGAAAAUCAUAGGAAUCAGGAUUUAUGCUCAAAAGCUGUAUAAGUAAUAUAAGUAGCUUCGAUCGGAUUGAUGUAAAUUCUGAACAUUAAAUAAUUGCUUGAAAAAAAAGAUCUAGCUGUGGAACAAAGUGUUAGUUGUCUAAACAUAACAUGCACAACAAAUUAAUUGAAUCAAUACUCAACUAAUUUAGUUCUUGAUUAUAUGAAUCAUAUAAUCCUUGAAAAAAUUCUAGAGCUAAUUGAAAAAUUUUCAUAACUUCAAAAAGAACAGAAGCGAAGUCUUGCCAUCUAUUUAGCCAAAUUUUAAUCAUGUAUUGAAAUCUUACCUGGUGCUACAACAGUUAAACAUGAUGAUUUGUAUGCCAUACCUUAGGAUCAUUAAAAUUGGUUAUUGAUUAAUCCUUAUAUCGAAAAAAAACAAUUGGCAACAGAAGAAUAGAUUAAGAAGUCAUAUGAAAAAGUCUCCUUUGGAAUCUUACUUGGAAAUGCUAUGAUUUCGAAAGGUUCUGAAUAUAGCGGUGAAUUACAAAAAUCCUUUAUGGAAGGAUUUGGAGCAAUAUAUUAUGGAUUAAAUAAAAAAAAGAUGAAAAGCAGAGCUGAUCAUUUUCUAGUAGAAGCUAAAUAAGAAGAUGCUUUUAAAGCCUGGAACUUACCUGAGACUGGAAUAAUAAAGAAAUUCCUACCAGCUAUUUUCCCUUCGAUUUCUUUUAAUAAGAAAAUUUACAUUCCUAAAUUAUUUAGAAAGAUUACUAAAGAAUAUAUCUUUGAUUAAUAUAAUAAAGGAACAAUCAAUAAAAUAAAUAAUGAUUGUGGAGUAUUUUUCCCAGAGUAAAUGAUAACAAUGGAUGAAUUACUAAAAAACGAUUUAAACUAAGAUAGAGUUUAAGUCAGAGUUCUAUGCCAUGAAUCCUUAAAAUUAAAAGGACAGGAUGGAUUUAUGUCAAUGUUCAAAAGUACCAGAGGCAAGGAGUUUAGUUUUGAUAAGAUCGUUAUUCAUAUACGUAAUUAUUCAUAAAUUAUAUCCAAUAGAUGGAGGAGGCUUUGUGGCCAUGUCAUCAAGAUCACAUCAAACUUAUACUAGAAAAUGGGCCAAUAACAUGAAAGUCCCAAUUUUUUCUAUUGAUUACAAAAUGGCACCUGAUCAUCCCUACCCUGCAGGAUUGGAUGACUGUUGGCAAGCCUAUAUGUUUAUAAUUACUUUCAUUCACAAGUAUUUCAAUAUUGUCCCAUCAAAAGUUGUGUUAGUGGGAGAUAGUGCUGGAGGUAAUUUAGUUGCUGCUUUGACUAUCUAAGCUAUAAAGGCAGGAGUUAGAGUACCUGAUGGUAUCUUGUUAGCAUAUCCUGCUCUAUCUUUAGAUAUAAAGACUUUUACUCCUAGUUUCUUAGUGUCUCUUGAUGAUUCCUGUAAGACUAUUUAUAAUACUUAGUGUUGCAUCAUACUGUCUUAAAAUUAUGCUUAAAUUCAUAUGUGAUGAAAGAAUUUAAUUCUACAAUUGAUCCUAUGUUAUCGCCUUCUGCAGCUAGUGAGGAAAUCUUGAAACUAUUUCCAAAAACUAGAAUUGUUGUAGGAACUUAUGACCCACUUCAUGAUGAAAGUUUGAGAUUAUUACUUAAACUUGUCUAAUAACAAAAGGAUGUCAAGUUGAUUGAAUACUAAUCUAUGCCACAUGGAUUUUUAUCUUUUGAUUUUAUUAAUGGAAUGAAAGAAGCUAAACAAACUGUAAUAGAUGCUUAGAAUUGCUUGCUGGAAAUGCUAAAUUGAACAAUUAAAUUAAAUUAAUUAUUA